AUGUUUGCCUCUUCCCUUCGUUCUGUUUGCCGCAAUGGCCCUGUCUUGGGCCGCAGCUUCUCCUCAACCGCCGCUGCAAGUGCAGCCGAGGUCAAAUCGCUGGGCGUGAUCGGUGCCGGCCAAAUGGGAUUGGGGAUUGCGCUGGUCGCUGCACAGAAGGCUCAGGUCCCUGUGACCUUGGUCGACACUUCACAGGCCUCUUUGGAUAAGGGCCUCAAGUUUGCUGAUAAGCUGCUAGAGAAGGAUGUUUCGAAACAGCGCAUUACUCGGGAGGCCGCUGAUGCUGCCCGCGGACUGCUCUCUCCCAGCCAGAAGAUGGAAGACCUGUCUUCGGUAGACUUCGUCAUUGAAGCUGUUCCCGAAAUCCCCGAUCUGAAACAGUCUAUCUUCUCCAAGCUGGCCGAGAUUGCACCCAAACAUGCCAUCCUGGCUACCAACACCUCUUCCAUCUCCAUCACAAAGAUUGCAGCUGCGACGUCCACCGACCCAACAGAUCUCCAAGCUCCUUCGCGGGUCAUCUCUACUCAUUUCAUGAACCCCGUCCCAAUCCAGAAGGGCGUUGAGAUUAUCCGCGGUCUUCAGACCUCACAAGAAACCAUGGAUACCGCCAUUGCCUUUGUCGAGCGCAUGGGCAAGGUUGCCUCCAUCUCGGCAGACUCACCUGGCUUUUUAGCAAACCGUAUCCUGAUGCCUUACAUCAACGAAGCCAUCAUCUGCCUUGAGACCGGUGUCGGUGGCCGUGAGGAUAUUGACAACAUCAUGAAGACUGGAACAAAUGUUCCCAUGGGACCAUUGGUCCUGGCUGAUUUCAUCGGUCUUGAUACCUGUCUAGCUAUCAUGAACGUUCUGCACCAAGAGACUGGGGACAGCAAAUACAGACCCUCUGGCCUGUUGCGCCGCAUGGUCGAUGCUGGCUGGCUUGGAAAGAAGUCUGGAAAGGGAUUUUACGACUAUUGA